AUGCCCUGGCAAUUAACGGUUCACAAGGUGGAAAAUACAGCUUAUUUCGACGGAACCGCUCACAUUCUCGCCGAAGAUCCUCUUCACGCUCGUUGUCCCGAGGUUUGUGGUGGUAUCCUGCAACCUUCGGCCGUGCAGCCCGACCUUGUAGGCCCCGGAGUGGGUACGCUGAUUCAGACUCGCCCACACAGUCGGGAAACGAGAAUGCCCGGCAGUGGUGGCGUCGACAGCUAA